AUGUUCUGGGGCCGCAGGAGGGGCGAAUGCCCCUCGACAAAAACCAAUGGCAUCUCCCCGAAACUGAAGAUGCUGCGCGCCGAGACGGUCAAGCUCCUGCCCUCGCAAAUCGGCAGCGAUCACGGCAGAGGUCCGGGUCCCUUGCCGUAUACCUCAGAUCCCGCCCAACUCAUCUGGAGCGACCUCAAGCUGUUCUUCCGCGUCUCCUACCUGCUGCCCGUUCUGUUCUACCCCUGGGGCAAAAGAGAAGGCGACGAGAUCUACCCGGACCUGGGCAACGGCAUCCAGCUCAGCUGGCAAAUCACCCUCACCAUCUACCAAGUCCUAUUCAUCCUAUCGCUUCCCUUCUGCCUCAUCCUGCCGCUGGGAUGGUUCCUCAUUUACGCCACUGUCGCAAUCGCCCUUUGCAUUCCCAUCUGGAUGAUCGUGAACGGAAGGAGGCAUGAAGUGCAUUCCCGCCGCGACAUCGCUUCCGAGCACGAGCACCCCGACGAAUACUGGAUCUUCAUCAACGGCGUCGCUGUUGGGAGGUACUGGCUUCAGGCGAACCUGGACAGGCUUGCCCGGAUAUUUGGCCGACCGGUCACGGGUAUCCACAACAAGACCAACGGCCUGAUCUUCGACCUGGUCCAAUGCAUGAUCGAGCGCAACCUCAACUACUCGACUCAGGACAUCCGCGAUGCCUACAAGCUCGUCAAGGAAGCCCUUAUGGACGACCAGCGCAAAAAGGUCGUUCUCAUCCUGCACAGUCAGGGCGCCCUCCAGGGCAGUCUGAUGAUCGACUGGCUGCUCGCCGAGCUGUCAGAGGACAUCCUGCACAAGCUUGAGGUCUACACCUUUGGCAACGCAGCCAAUCACUUCAACAACCCUGCCAAGUCUUCCUCUUACUCAAACCACGAGGAGGAUGGACAGGGGCGCAGGCGAAAGGAGAAGGCCAUCCGCUACAUCGAACACUAUGUCAACGACGAAGACAUGGUUGCUAGAUGGGGCGUUCUGCACUUCAUCCACGUCCCCAACCGCUUCAUGGGCCGCCUCUUCCAGCGCAAAGGCACCGGCCACCUGCUCAACCAGCACUACCUGAAUUACAUGUUCCCGCUGGGCUCGGAUAACCGAGUCCUCGACAAGAACGACUUCAUGGACAGCGAGGUUGACCUUGACCACGACGAUUUCGACGUCGACAGGGAGGGGCUGGAAGAUAGCUUGUGCGAACUCCUGAGUGGCUCUGAUACAGAUUCCGACUCAGACACGUCAGAAACGACAGCUAUUGUUAACGAUUUUAACAGUCCUGUCCUUCCCAUUGCUUCCGCCCAUUCGUUGGCCAACAGUUCGCGACGGCUGCCGAAGCACCCGAAGGUCAAGGACUUCAGUCGUCUCUGGCAUUAUCGGAAUGGACGCUCUCCAAGGGAGUAA